AGUGUCUGUAUGUCAUUUUUCUGCUAAUUACAGGUACUUAAAAAUAUUUGGUAAGUUGACCUGCAAGGCAAAGCAACAGCUUUCUCAGACUUCCAUGGAGAUCCCAACACUGGAACUCCAGUCUACCUCAGAUCACCUGAGUAUACCAGUUAUUGGAAUGGGGACAGCAGUUGCUCGACAGAACUAUGAUCUAGCUACAAUAAAGGAAGCCAUUGUUGAGGCAAUUAAGGCUGGUUACAGACAUUUUGAUACUGCUGGUUUGUACAAGUCGGAACCAUAUCUUGGAGAAGCCUUAGCUGAGGCCCUUACACACGGUCUUGUCUCUCGAGACCAGCUCUUCAUUACUACUAAGCUCUGGUCUGCAGAUGCUCAUCCCGGUCUUGUUAUCCCUGCUCUUAAGAGAUCUCUCCAGAAUCUGCAGUUGGACUAUGUUGAUCUAUAUUUGAUUCACUGGCCCAUCAGUGUGAAGCCGGGGGAGUACAUAUUUCCAGUAAACAAAGAGGAUCUUCUUCCUAUGGACUUUAAAUCUGUGUGGGCUGAUAUGGAAGAAUGCCAAAGGCUUGGCCUCACAAAGUCCAUUGGAGUUUGCAACUUCUCUUGCAAGAAGCUUGAGGACUUACUGUCUCAUGCAACAAUUCCUCCUGCUAUUAACCAAGUGGAGAUGAGCCCAGUUUGGCAACAGAAGAAGUUGAGGGACUUGUGUGCAGCUAAUAACAUCACAGUGACAGCUUAUUCACCUUUGGGAGCAGUUGGGGCUCGGUGGGGAACAACUCAAGUUAUGAAUUGUCAAGUUCUGCAGGAGAUCGCGAGAGACAAAGGAAAGACAGUUGCUCAGGUUAUUUUAAGAUGGGUAUACGAACAAGGGGUUACUCUACUGGUGAAGAGCUUCGAUAACAAGAGAAUGAGGGAAAAUCUAGAGAUAUUUAGUUGGGCUCUUUCAGAGGAUGACUAUAUAAAGAUUAAUGCAAUCCACCAAUCAAGGGGAAUGCCUAAAUAUGAAUUUAUUUCAGAAAACGGACCUUUUAAGUCCGCCGCUGAACUAUGGGAUGGAGAGAUUUAACUAUGAACAAAUCAUGUAAUAUGUAAUUCUGCACUCCUUGACCUCA